AUGCGGGCGUGGGACUACCUGACGUUGCUGAAGCAGAGCACGCAGCAGUUCGCCCACUGGUACAGAACAUCGAGCAUAGGUCACAGGAACUUCGUGUGGGUGUUCGUUGGCUGCUUCUGUGGAUACGCUUAUGGUACCGUGGAGUAUGUGAAGAAGAAGAAAGGGAAGGGAAUGUAUGCUGAUUUAAUUUACAUCGAUGAGUACAUUGUUGAUACGAAUAACAUAAGGAACUUUGAAAAGAGUUAUAACGAACUGAACAUCCAUUCGUUCAAGAGCAAAGGAUAUGAGUACACAAAACUUUUUAAAGCAAUAAAUUUGAAGAACUCCCCCCUCAGCUACCUUCAGCUAAGGCUAUGGAACAAUAAAGACUCCUAUGAGGCCUACUUGAGCAGCAAUGACAUUCGUCGCCUCACAGAAAAUAUGAAGAAGCAGUGUGUGUUUCACGCUACAGAUAAGUAUGAAACGAUUGUGGACGACUCCAUUGUGCGGUUGAUUCCGUAG